AUGGAGGGAGGUAGGCUUGAGGAAAGUAAGAUGGAGGAAGGUAGGAAGGCGAAAGGAUUAAAGGAGAAAGGAAGGACGGAAGGAGGAAGGAUUGAGACGUGGAGACAGAAUGAAGUGAGAACAGGAAGCUGUCGAUAUUUCAUUAGAGCCGACAAACCUCGCGGAGCAGAGAUAAAGACCCCAACCUCAACUUCAACCUCGACUCAAACCUGCACUCCAACCUCAACUCCAACCUCCACUCCAACCUCAACUCCAACCUCAACUCCAACCUCAACUCCAACCCUCAACUCUAACCUCAACUCCAACCUCAACUUUAUUAAACUCAACUUCAACCUCAACUCCAACCUCAACUUUAUUAAACUCAACUUCAACCUCAACUUCAACCUAAACUCAAACCUCAAGUCCAACCUCAACUUUAUUAAACUCAACUUCAACCUCAACUUCAACCUCAACUCCAACCUCAACUCCAACCUCAACUCCAACCUCAACUUUAUUAAACUCAACUUCAACCUCAACUUCAACCUCAACUCCAACCUCAACUCCAACCUCAACUCCAACCUCAACUUCAACCUCAACUCCAACAACAACUUCAACUUCAACUCCAACCUCAACUCCAAACCUCAACUCCUACCUCAACUCCUACCUCAUCUAACCUCAACUUCAACCUCAACUCCAACCUCAACUCCAACCUCAACUCCAACCUCAACUCCAACCUCAACUCCAACCUCAACUCCAACCUCAACUGGAACCUCAACUCCAACCUCAACUCCUACCUCAACUCCAACCUCAACUCCAACCUCAACUCCAACCUCAACUUCAACCUCAAUCAGGUCAAAUGAUGUCUGA